GACUCACUUCCUACACUAACCAACUCCUUCUUGAUCUUUAAGUUACGUGGCAACUCUGUCAAUGGAAAGACUCUGCAGGCAAAGUACCGCAAUAUUGAAAUCAAAUCAAUUCGUGGCUAGCACUUGUGCCCUUUGAAAGAGAAAAAAGCAACGUUGUGAUUUUUAGCAGAAGCAGCAAUAAUUAUUUUAACUGUGUUCCUGUCGGUGUGUGUGUUUUUUUUACUGUGUGAAUUUUUAGACAACUAAGCGAAAAAGUCGGCGACCAAAAAUUAACUGAAGCUUCUUGGGCGAUUUUCGUUGACGAUAGUGUGGAAACUCAUAAAUUGCGGCUAAUCGGGAAUUCGGGUACGAUCGGCAAAAGGCAAUGCGCUAAUUAGGCGAACAGUGCUAAAGAGACAGAGAAACGGCAAGAGCGAAAUAAUUGUAAGUUACACCAUAUAAACAAAUCCGAUGAAAGAGCAGAAAGCUGAGCAAUGUUGAAAAGACGCCAGCAACAAACAGCACAAAAGCAACAGCAGCAGCAGCAACAUUCCCAUUUGCAGCAACAAUUAUAAACACGCACGAACAACAGACACUUGGCAACAUGCUGCUAAAGCUUGGACACAUGUUGCUAGCGCUUGCUAACAUCUUCGCCUUGGCCUUGGCCUUGGCAGCCACACAGCAAUAUAAAUCGGCCGAGUUCAAAGAAUGCACCAGCAUAGACAUACGCAACGAGUGCAGCAAAAUGAGACUAUUGGAUAAUUGUACAGUGGUCAUUGGCUAUGUAAUGAUCACACUAUUGCCCAGUCAAAAUUGCAACUUCUCGCUGUAUUCGUUUCCCAAAUUGCGCGAAAUCACGGACUAUAUGAUAUUCACCGAGGUUAAGGACUUGACCAAUAUCCGUGACAUGUUUCCCAAUCUCACUGUAAUACGCGGCCGACGACUAUUCCUCAAUUAUGCACUGGGCAUUACCAGCAUGCCCGAAUUAGAGCUGUUGGAAUUUAAGUCUCUAGUUGCCAUACAACAUGGUCACGUCUACAUCGGCAACUGCCACAAGCUCUGCCAGCUGAAUAGGAUCAAUUGGGAUCGACUGACACUGAGCGCUGGAGAGAAUCAUAUUGUAAUUGGAUCCAACAACUGCACACAUCGAGCUAAUUGCAAAGGUUGCGCCUCCAACUACUGUUGGUCGAAUUUUACCUGCCAGCGCUUCGAAAACGAUAAUGUCGUGCACUAUGAUCGAAAUUUGCAGAGCUGCCACGAGGAGUGUCUGGGCGGCUGUCACAAUACAACAGCUGCCGGCUGUGUCGUCUGCCGUGGCCUAACGGAUGCAGGUGUCUGUGUUAAGCGUUGCCCGGCGACCAAGUAUGUGCUGGAUCACUAUCAACGCUGUUAUACCCGCGACGAAUGUGUCCAUCUCCAUGGCCAUUUUACGUUUGGCGACAAGUGUGUGGCGUUCUGUCCCAGCGGCUACAAAGCCAAUGCCGCAUCGGAUUGCGUACGCUGUGCGCCACUGGAGGCAUGCAUCAGCGUCUGUUCGCCAGAGCAUCAGGAUGGCAUGAUUGUCAUAUACAAUUUGGCCGAUGCUGAGGAUUUGCGCGGCUGUCAAAUUGUGAACAGCAGCCUCAUCAUCACCAUACGCAAUAAAGUCAAUGAGCAGCAGCUGGAGCAUAGUCUCAGCAGCAUACGCGAGAUACGCGGACACUUAAAGAUCUAUCGCUCCUCACAGCUGAGCAGUCUGAAGUUCCUGAGCAACCUGCGCCGCAUACACGGCGAUCCUCUCGAGAAUCGGCAUUAUGCUUUCAUAUUGUACGACAACAAGCAUCUCAGCGAGCUGUGGGCACCAACCAAGCAGCUGGAGUUUGUCAGCGGCGGCAUGUUUAUGCAUCGCAACAAUAAGCUAUGCAACAAGCAUAUAAAAGAGUUUCAGGAUCGCGUUAUACAUGACAAGGUGAUGGACUCGCUGCAGACCAGCGACCAGGAGGUGCUCUGCGGUCCAGCCAAGCUUCAGUUGCUCGUGCAGCCAACGUCUCAUCGCACGCUGCAGUUCAGCUGGCUAAAGUUGCAAAUGAGUGUAGAGCUCGAGCUGAUUUAUAGAACCGUGCCGCUGGGCACAAGGUAUGCCGAGCAAAGUGAGCUGGAGGCGCCAAUCUGCACGCGCAUCAAUUGGCAGCGACUGUUGCUAUUUGCGGAUGAUCUACAGGAUAAUGGCACCCACUACAGCUAUCAACUGGAUCAACUUCGGCCGCAUACGCGUUACGUCUGCAUGCUGCGCACCUUUGGCGGCGAUAUACAGCACGACGCGCGCAGCGAUUUGAUUUACGUGGAAACGCACAUGGAUAUACCAAAACCUCCAGCACUGGCCAUUACCAAGAAGACGGACAACACGUUAACGCUACGCUUAAAGGGAGAGGAGUUGGAUUAUUAUAUGUUAACAGUGCAUGAACUAACUGAUGAUACCGCCUACAUGGAUGAACGCAAUUUUUGCCGGCAACCGGCGUCCAGGCAAGACAUGGAAGCAGUGCGCUGGCGGCAGGAACAAGACGACUAUGAUGAAUGCUGCACGCGACAGGCAAAUCAAGCGCUCGAUCAGGAUUUCAUCAAACAAAUGGCUGAAAUGUUUCGCUGCAGCCUAGAUGAGCCCGACAAUUGUGCGUCCUCGACGCAAAAGGCAGGGCAGCAGCUGCGCCUGGCGUCCAAUGUGACGUUUUAUGAGCUGCGUCAGCUGGAGCGCUAUCGCUUGUACUCAUUGCAAUUGCAAGCUUGCAAUAUGCUCGGAUGCAGCAGCUCCACGACGGUGCACGAACGCACAAAUUUCACAAUUGGUGCAGACUUGUUGCCGCAACUAAUGGCAUGCCGUCUGCCCAAGACAACGGACUACAUCGUGCGCUUUGCAGAGCCAGAUCAACCGAAUGGAUUGAUUGUUAACUACGUGCUUCAUUAUCGCAACAAUAUCUCUGAGCAGGUGGCCGAAACGCAUCUGAGCUGCAUAACACGACGCCAACAUGCCCUCGCGAAUUACGUACACAAGACCUCACUGAACGGCACCUACAACGAGUGUGCCGUGCGCAUUCAUUCGCUUGCAGGAGACGUCAUCACAAACUAUGUGAAAAUUACGUGGUGCGACAAGGAGCAAAGCAAGAUGCCACCAACAAUAGCGCCGGACAUUGACAAUGAAACUGUGCUGGCCGCUGUUACAAAGGCGCACGCGCAGGAGGAGGAGACCCAUUCGCAUGUGCGUGGCGUUAGCAUAUUUUUAUUGUGUUUCCUCUUUGGAUGCGCAGUGUCGCUGAUUUGGCUGCUUUAUAAACGUCGCUGUUGGCGUAAAUGGCCGGGACUGCGUCGCUACAUGCCAGUGCGCGAACAAUGGUUGCGUGAGCGCCAACAGACCGAGGAUCGCGAGAUACUCGUUGAUGGCUUUGAGACGGUGCGUUUUCAGAACAACAACAACAACAACAAUAGCAGUAGCAGCAUUGGCAAUGAGUAUUAAUGUAAUUUAACAACAAUUUGAACUUGUAUUCGUAACUACAAACGUCAACUUACCAUAUAUUAUAAGCGGAACUUAUGAAUCUCUU